AUGUCAGAAUCCGAUGCCAUAGAUAACUUCCACAAAGCCAUAAAGGAGGGCAGUCCUGAGGAAAAGGUCAGAGCAUGGCUUCAACUCACACGCGAUGAGAGCGGCCAUUCCAAGCAAGGGGACUGGAUGAACACCCUCAUUCCUCACCUUGAACUUGUCUCUAGCAGCGUCGAAGGGCCUCACCCAUCAUGUGUGUUCUCAUACACAGUCCAGCCCGACAAUUGCAAUCGGCUACAAAACCUCCACGGUGGUUGCGCUGCUACUCUCUUUGACUGGUGCACGACGUUACCUGUUGCUCUGGUGAACAAGCCUGGUUUCUGGCAGCAUUUGGGUGUAAGCCGAACACUCAACGUUACAUAUAUGCGACCAGUUCCUGUUGGAACAGAAGUGCUCAUUGAAUGCUCGAUUACUCAAAUUGGGCGCAAGCUGGCGUCUCUCCAUGGUUCUAUGAGGAGGAGAAAGGAUAACCUACUGCUCGCGACCGCCGAACAUGGCAAAGUCAAUAUUGAUGCCGACUUAGCUAAGAUAAUUAAUGAGCGAGUGCUAAUGAGUCAGGAUGAACCAACCGACUCCAAGUUAGACUACGAGAAAGAGAUUCGAGAUUUGGUCAAACUCGAGAGAAUAUGUACCAGUGAAGAAGUGUACACCCACAAAUCGCAACUUGAUUUUGUUCACGAUACUGUCAUUCGUUUACUCAAGAACGCUUCUCCUUCUACAGACGACACUACCACCUUUUCUCAAACCCAGGCCCCGUCGCGCAAUGCCGCUCGUCUUCAAGGCCUUUUCACCAAGAACGAAACAGUAGAGGCAUUUCUGCAAGGCUCAUCACUCUUCAACCGUCUGCGAGAUGAUGCUCGCCAAGUCAACCGAGAUGGCACUUCUGCACCAACUUCAACAGACAAUGCUCACCGUGCUCUUCAACAAAAGAGCGCCCAUCUUCACUGCUUAUACUCAAAACCGAUUCUCAACGUUGGCCGCCUUCGUUCAACUAGAACAUAUCCUUUCGCUUGCUCAAAGGUUUACGAUCUGCGUCAAUAUACCGAGAGAACGGGCUGGGGACCCUUCAUGAACGAUGGAUCAUUCAAUAUUGAUUGGGAAAAGGUUGAAGCCAUCCUCAUCGUCCUAGGACAUAACAUCGGCUCAAGACGCCUAGUGGCACGCAUAUUCGGCGAGGUUUGGGACAGUCCGUUUUCGGGUUCAUUUGCCAACAGUUUCAUGGCCCCCCCACCUCGCGACAUAACCUCACUCGAGGCCAGGGACCCUUAUGGCGUCACAGGCACAUGCGACUUCUUCGCCUUCAACUUCGGUGAUCGUGAUCUCAUCGCCCCUGAUGCACCGCGACACACACUCGACGUGGGCGAAGCGACUCGUCUCAUUAUGAUGCGUAUCCAUGUUACGUCUAUAGAGGAACCAGGACCAGAAGAUGGACAAGAUCUGCCUGUUGUCCACUUCCAAGGCGUGUCUCGUUCUUUGGACGAUUCCUUUGAUAACAAUGCAAAUUCCGACAUCCGAGGUACCGCUCGUCUAACGAAAGAAGGCGAAGUGAGAUGGACGACAUUCUCGGUUUUCCAUGGUAUCGAACGUUGGCGCAGUGAAGGUAUCCAGAUCGGCGGUGUCCGCUCCGCUCGUGGGGUUGUAGGAAAUUGGUUUGAUCGUGACUACGACGUUCACGGCCCUGCCGGACCCACGGCAUUUUGGAAGGGUGCUACACUUGAGCAAGUCGCAAGCAUGGAGGACGACCUACUACCUAACGAUUUCUUCCUGCCGUACGGCGCACUGAUCUACGACUCUGAAACUGAUCCAGAAGGGGAUAUGCCAUACAGCGGCGAGGAUGACGAAGAAGAAGAGGAAGAUGAUGAGAUGACAGGUUUAGCAGUGGCAGCGGAGCUGUCAGAUCUCAUUCAGGAUGCAAGUCUUCCUUUGGAGGACAGUUUGGCAAACGGUCAGGCUUUGCACUAA